AUGGCUUUGCAUCAUGAGCAAAGUACCAUGUGUGAGCAACAGCAUCAUUUGAUUGAUAAUCCAGUAGCCAGUAUUAUCACACUGCAAUUACCGCCGAUAUCAGAAGGAUGUUCACGAUUAUUUCUAUGUCGUCAUGGUCAAACAGAUUAUAACUACCAACGUAAGCUUCAAGGUCGAGGUGUUAAUAUCCAAUUAAACAACAUAGGUCUGCAUCAAGCCAAGUAUUUAGCAAUUGCGAUGAAGGACGUACCACUCAGUGGUAUCUACAGUAGCUCGUUAAAGCGAGCGUUUGAGACGGCAGAUGAGGUUGCUCAAUUUCAUCCUCAAAUUAAGGUUCAGACUUUCAGUGAAGUAGAGGAGAUGAAUUUUGGUGAACUUGAGGGUGAUUCGAUAGAGACACACGAAGAUGAAAUUCACACCAUGUAUAUGAGGUGGAAGAAGGGUGAAUUAGACGCUUCUUGGCCUGGUGGUGAGAGUCCAAUGGACGUGGUGCAUCGUGGAGUGAAAAAGAUUACUGAGGUCGUGAGCAACACCCCACUUAAAGGACAAGUGCUUAUGGUUGCGCAUGGCCGCUUUAACAAAAUUAUAUUAGCUCACAUGCUACAUAGUGGUUUGACCGACAUGACGGAGAUUCAUCAAGACAAUACGUGCGUGAACGUCAUUGAUUUCGACCACAAAACACAAACAUACCGUGCCAUGGUGCUCAACAACAUCAACCACUUGCCUUUACCACCAUCGGUGUAA